UUAAUUUCCAGACUUAGCCUCAGACAAUAAAAAUGUUCAUCAACUGCAGCAGAUUUAUCAGCUGCAACUGCAAUACAUUUUCUUGUCUGAUUUCUAACAAAAAUAGCAGUAAACCACCAUAUGUAGCCUUCUCAACUAAGUCUCAGAAAAAAGAUUUCUCCGAAAAAAAAUCAAGUAAGAAAGAAAACAAAGCCUUGCUCCCAUUAAAGCUCUCCGGAACUAAGAUUCUUAUUCAAUCUGCUAUUGGAGUAUUUGCGCUAGGAUUCAUCGAUGCCGGGUAUAGUGGAGAUUGGUCAAGAAUUGGUGUGAUUUCAAGAGGGACAGAGGAUUUGCUGAAAGCUGCAGCCUUUUUAGUAGUCCCUUUGUGCAUUUUUCUCAUUUUUAACUUGUUUGAGAAAGAUAUUGAGGAAUUAUGAUGAAUUAAUCGUGGGAUUCUGUUAAUAUUCACUCUUUCAAGAAAUUUCUGUGCUUGAGUUAUUAUAGACAAAAAUCUUAACCUUGAAAUUGGGAUUUUAUUUUUUUUUU